CCUUCGUAUAUGCGUGAAACAUUCUACUGCACUCUCGCGCGUUACGGUACACGAAAGGAAUGGAAUUACUACAUGGAACAAGUAACCUUGAUCGAGGACGAGGAAGAGAGGAAGCAUUUGUUAUCGUCGUUCGCUUGUUUCCAAGCUCCAUGGAUUUUGCAAAAUAUACUGAACGAAAUUCUGCACGAAGGGACAUUCCAUCAGGAUGAAAUAUCGGUGAUAUUGAAAGCCUUUCCUCGAAAUCCAGCCGCUGCCCAAGCUGCAUCUCGGUUCGUUCGAGCAAACUGGCAGGAUAUUGCACAGAGGUUUGCUGGAUCUUACGGAGUAAUGAAGUCUUUCGUGUUAUCGAUGAGUAACGGUUUAACCACCGAACAAGAUUUGGAAGACUUGCAACUAUUCCGAGAAAAUAAUUACGACAGUACGAAGGGAGCAAGGUACGCUGCAGCACUCGUCGAAGCAAACGGGAAUUUUGUUACAUCGUGGUUGAAGAAUUCAUUACCUGAAAUUGAAAAGUUGUUAAAAGGAGAUGCCAUCAAUAAGGCUUCAGCAUUAUGAACACGGAUGAUAGAAAUAUAAGAAUAAAUAUAUUGAAAGUUGUGUUUCCUGAUGUUUGAUUCAAAGGAUUCCGAAGAUUUCUUUCUAGUAACACUACGAGGACACUGUCUUAGCGGAUAAUUAGAUCAUACAAAUC